AUGCUCAUCAAAGAUCUUACUCCAUUCAUGCAGAGACUUUCUCAAGUACGCCAAAAGCAAGCAAGUGAAAGAAAGGCUCUUCUGGCACUUGGGAUGGUCAAUGUUACUAUCACUCAUCUCAAUGGCUUGACGUGAAAAGUUCUACCUGGUCAAGCAAACAACUGUUCACGAUAAUUAUGAUAUAUUCUGAAUCCUGGAUGGACCCAACAAGGACCAAUGAUACAUCUAUUACUCUAAUUGAGGUGCACUUACAACAAACAAGAGCUUUAUUGCUGACUACAAUGUAAAUAUCUUGGCAGUUGCCAAUCAUUGCUUGGUGGCAGUCACAUUAAAACUCAAAGCUCCAAAGCCUUGGCCUUCUUAUAUUUUCACCAGAAGCUACAAAAACCACAAUCCUGAGUCAUUCCUGAGGAAUUUGGAGUGUGUCCCUUUUUACAUUGUUAACAUUUUCAACAAUUUUGAUGAUCAGGUUGAUGUAAUCAAUAAGUUAUUCCUCGACACACUGAAUGAACAUGCACAAAUUAAAUGCAUACAGAUCAAGUAAUGGCCGCAACCAUUUAUCACACCUGAGAUCAAACAACUGAUGAAAACCCAUGACAGCUGGCGUAAAAAGGCCCAUAAAUCAAACGACAAACUCCACUGGAACGCUUUUCGAUUUUUUAGACAGGAAGUUAAGCAAGAGAUAAGAUUGGCCGAAAAGGAAUAUGUUUGCUCUGAACUAUUUAAGUGCAAGGGAAACACAAACUACAUCUGGCAAAUUAUAAAUCAUUGCCUUCCUAACAGAGAGCCAUCGCUGACUGCUGUAGAAGAUCCUGUGGUUCAAGCAAACAGAUUUAACGAUUUCUACGUCUCGGUAGGGGAGGUUGCAGCUGCUAAAGCCAAGGCUCUAUGCAAACAGUAUGGCUUCUCGGAAGAGUCAGUCAGGCAAUUGGAGCCAGUCACUGUCAACAACAACAGUCCUGUUAAGGACUAUGUUCACUCAGAUGAUAAUACUCAGCCUACUUAUGAAAUGACUCCUAGGUUCAAACCUUUCACUGUAUAA